AUGAGCGCCGGUCCAUACGGCAACGGUGGUUCCUCGGCGGGCAACAAGAAGACCGUGGACGCCAGCGCCAGCACGGGUAAGAACCUUAUCCCUGACCUCAACAUGGACGAGCGCGACUCCGCGGACGGCAUCAGCAAAGAUAAGCCGCGCUCCGAAGCGGAGGUGGAGGUAGCUGCUGCCGAUGCCGACGCCGACGCCGACAAGGGUAAGAGCGUCGCCGCUGCUGACGACGGCAAGCCCAACGUCAACAUCGCCUUGGAGCGAGAGAGGCGCAAGCGGAUGAAGGAUCUAUUCAGGGCACUUCAAGACCUGAUGCCCCACGUCCCUCAGAAGACUGACAAGGUGACCUUGGUGGGAGAGGCGAUCCACUACAUCAGGGCCCUUGAGGAGAAGGCGGCCAUGCUGGGGAAGCAGGCGCUCGCGCGGCAUGCCGCCGCUAGGGGUGAGGCCUCCUCCUCCUCUUUCUCUUUGAUGACGAUGCCACAGACCGCGCAGGGCAUGGCGGCCCUGUGCUCCUCGGACGCCCCGCGUGGCUGGGGCGGUGUGCCUGUGCCGCCUGCUGCUCCAGCCGUGCCAGCGUCGCCGAUGAGAUACGAGACGUGGACGGGGCCAAACAUGGUGCUGACCGUGGCCAACGACAACGCGAACAUCAGCGUGUGGGCGCCACGGCGUGCUAACACCCUGACCAUGGUGAUGUCCGUGCUGGACAACCACGGGAUCGACGUGAUCACCGCGCAGAUCUCGUCCGACAGGGUUCGCGCCCUGUUCAUGAUCUAUGCCCAUGUGACUGGAAUAGGUGGUGAGAAUCGUCGUUCGGCAGAGAAAGUGUACCAGAGGGCUGUGUCAGAGAUCAUGUACAGGCUCCACAGCAGCAACACCUAG